AGAGUUGAACGUUUUGCGAUGCAUGCGUUUAAAUUAGUCUUAUUUGUUGUUGGUGCGUGAAGCUUCGGUUUGAUGGAGGAGCCCGGUGAAGAGACGCCGUUGGUCACUGGGCAAGGUCGGAGAUCGUCUUCCCUGCUACCGGAUGACGGCAGCGUUGACCUGAUUGUUUACGCCGACAGAGUGCGGAGAAAACUCGGUACUCUGAAUUUCUGGGAACGGAAAUGUCCGGUUUUGUCGUGGCUGCCCAAUUACAGCUAUGAUAAGGCCCUUGGGGAUUUUAUUGCUGGUCUGACGGUCGGGUUGACUGCCAUUCCGCAAGCAAUUGCCUACGCAACCCUGGCCGGAUUGAGCCCGGAGCACGGAUUGUAUUCAGCGUUCAUGGGUUGUUUCGUGUACGCCGUGUUUGGAAGUGUGAAAGACGUUACUAUCGGCCCCACAGCUAUCCUUUCGUUGAUGACUAACAAGUACGUGACGGAUCACGGCCCCGAGUACGCUGUCAUCCUCUGUUUCUCCACUGGGGUUAUCGUUCUGGUCUUCGGCUUGAUGAACCUUGGGUUUGUCGUCAAUUUUAUAUCGACUCCAGUGACAGUUGGAUUCACUUCGGCAGCGGCUGUUACAAUCAUAAUUUCUCAAAUUCCGUCGCUUCUUGGAUUGAAGCUGGUUCAAAGUACAGGGAAUGACUUCCUUGCAACUCUGGAAGCACUCUACAGGGAGAUUUCGAAUACGAAAGGUUACGACUUUCUCAUGGGAGAAAUCGCCAUUAUUUUAUUGCUUUUUCUCAAGUUAGUAAAUGACAAGUACAACAAUGUUGCUGGGGAUGCUGGAGCGUCUCGAAAAAAAUCGAUACUUAGAAAAGGUUUUUGGUUUAUCUGCACGGCACGGAAUUUUCUGAUUGUCGUACUCUGCGGAGCGAUUGCGGAGUUGGCAAAUCGUUAUUCUGGUCAAGAUUUAAUUAGCCUGUCGGUGGCGGUGCCCAGUGGAAUCCCAGUUCCCAGCGUUCCGCCGUUCAGUUUGCCUGGAAACGCUACCACUCCUGGUCAAAAUUAUGCGAGCAUUUUGUCAACUGCUGGUUGGUCUUUGUUAGUCCUGCCGUUGAUCGCCAUUGUGGAGAGCAUUGCAAUAGCGAAAGCUUUUUCGUUCGGAACACCUGUGGAUGCCUCGCAAGAAAUGAUCGCCCUUGGACUAUCGAAUGUUCUUGGCUCCUUUUUUCAAUCCAUGCCAACGACGGGUUCUUUUUCGAGGACCGCGAUUAAUCAUGCAUCCGGUGUGCGUACUCAAUUUGGCGGAAUUUACACAGGAAUCUUGGUGCUCUCAUCUCUAGUGGUCUUGACUCCUCUGGUCCCGUUGAUCCCCAAGACUGCAUUAGCGGCUGUGAUAAUCACUGCAUUGAUUUACAUGGUGGACUACAGGAGUGCCGUUCACAUUUUGAAAUCAAGAAAGAUCGACUUCGUUCCCUUUCUUGCCACAUUCCUGUCAUGUAUUUUCCUGGGACUAGAAUUCGGCGUCCUCAUCGGAGUGGUUGUGGACGUGCUGAUCCUACUGUAUUAUUCUGCUCGACCGGAAUUGUCUGUCUCUAUUGAGGAAGUUUCCGGUUGCCGGUUCAUCCUGGUGCUGCCCGACCGAGGAUUAUUCUUCCCCGCGCACCAAACCGUGCGCGAUAAGAUUUUAAGCUCCUGUUCGCAGAUUACAGAACAGGCACAAACUUUCUUGUUCGAUCUCACCAACACGCACGACAUUGACUACUCUGUUGCUAAAUUUCCUAAUUGCGCCACUCCGCCGAAUAUUCUGCAGAUGUUUGACGCCGCUAUCAAAGAUCUCCACACAGCAGGGCACCGAGUGAUGUUCGCAUCCGUUCAAAGGCAAAUUCGAAGUUCAUUGAUGGCAGUGAUGUCGCCCGAAUAUUCGGGCAACGUGAAAUUCUUCAUCAGCUUGGAGCACUUCAUACAACAUACCUCCCGUUCCCCGGAUGACUUCUGA